AUGGCCACAAAUAAGCCCAAGGGUCAGAAUUCUUUGGCCUUACACAAAGUCAUCAUGGUGGGCAGUGGUGGUGUUGGCAAGUCCGCUCUGACUCUGCAGUUCAUGUAUGAUGAGUUUGUGGAGGACUAUGAGCCUACCAAAGCAGACAGCUAUCGGAAAAAGGUAGUGCUGGAUGGGGAGGAAGUGCAGAUCGAUAUAUUGGAUACAGCUGGGCAGGAGGACUACGCUGCCAUUAGAGACAACUACUUCCGGAGCGGGGAAGGUUUCCUCUGUGUGUUCUCUAUUACAGAAAUGGAGUCCUUUGCAGCCACAGCUGAUUUCAGGGAGCAGAUUUUAAGAGUAAAAGAAGAUGAGAAUGUUCCAUUUCUGCUGGUUGGUAAUAAAUCAGAUUUAGAAGAUAAAAGGCAGGUUUCUGUAGAAGAGGCGAAAACCAGAGCUGAUCAGUGGAAUGUUAACUAUGUGGAAACAUCUGCUAAGACACGAGCUAAUGUUGACAAGGUAUUUUUUGAUUUAAUGAGGGAAAUUCGAGCCAGGAAGAUGGAAGACAGCAAAGAAAAGAAUGGAAAAAAGAAAAGGAAAAGUUUAGCCAAGAGAAUCAGAGAAAGAUGCUGCAUUUUAUAA